GACCACAACGAUUCUCGCACAGCACAAUUGCACGACUUUCUCCCUGCAAAGGCCAACAGACAAUAACCAUGUCUGCCGACGAGGACUCAGAGUUCACAGGCCAAACAAGAGACGGUCUCACACGCCUUCCUCCCGUGGCAACCGAAGAGACACCCCUGCUCCAAAAUGAGUAUCCCGCCGAUCAACAAUUGCAGCGAGAAGACACAGACGGAACACCCAUCGCCAAAGAACCCACAACUUUAGAGCUGAUCUUGGUUCUGGGAAGUAUCUGGGUAGGGGUUUUCCUCGCUGCGCUCGAUGCGACCGUUGUCGCGACUCUGUCCGGUCCCAUCUCCUCGUCGUUCAAUUCCUUGUCACUUUUGUCGUGGAUUGCGAUCUCGUAUUUGAUAUCGAAUGCCGCCUUUCAGCCGCUGAGUGGUCGGUUGACGGAUAUCUUCUCGAGGAGGGCGGGCUUGGUGUUUUCCAAUAUCUUUUUUGGGAUUGGGAAUCUUAUAUGUGGUCUGGCGACGGAGCAAUGGAUGAUUGUGACCGGUCGGGUGGUUGCUGGUAUCGGCGGUGGUGGUCUAACGGCAAUCUCCACCUUUGUUACAUCAGAUCUCGUCCCAUUGCGUCGACGGGGUGUAUGGCAGGGAAUCGGGAAUAUCUGCUAUGGUACCGGUAUGGGAUUAGGGGGCAUUUUCGGCGGAGUGGUCAAUGACUCUCUCGGUUGGCGGUGGGCAUUUCUGAUCCAGGUACCGUUCGUCGUGCUCUCGACCGUACUUAUCUGCUUCACGGUAAAAGUGCCCGUCAAGGAAACCGAUCGAUCGCGCAUCAAACGAGUCGACUUUUUGGGCGCGUUCACCUUGAUUGUUUUCCUGGUUUUGCUUCUGCUAGGUCUCAAUGCUGGCGGAAAUCAAGUUCCAUGGAAUCAUCCACUGGUUCUUACCAGUCUACCAUUAUCGGUGGUCUUUCUUGCGAUUUUCAUCUACAUUGAAGACAAGAUCGCAUCGGAGCCCGUCAUUCCAGUCCGCCUGUUGCUCAAUCGCACAGUGGGGUUUGCCUGCUUGACGAAUUGGUUCUCUACAAUGGCGGUUUUCGGUCUCCUCUACUACGUACCGAUUUAUUUCCAGGUACAAGGGUACUCCGUCACAGCGGCAGGUGUUCGUCUCGUCCCCGAAGCGGUUGGUACCGCUUUAGGCUCGUUGGGAUCAGGAAUGAUUAUGCGUGUUACGGGUCGAUACAUGCUUCUAAACUAUGUGGUCAUGGCACUGUUGGUUAUUUGCGCUGGCCUAUUCUGUACCUUUGAACUGAAUUCCCCUUCGUGGCUGCCGAUCCUCGGUCUGUUUGGUCUCGGACUUGGCUACGGCGCCAUGCUUACCAUCACCUUGGUCGCGCUCAUUUCGGCGGUCGACCACCACUACCACUCGGUCGUCACUUCGGCAUCGUACGCAUUCCGUAGCACCGGAAGUACCAUUGGUAUCACCAUUGCUUCCGCCGCGUUCCAGAAUGUGCUCAAAAAGGGGCUGUGGGCUCGAUUCGGUGAUCGGGAAGACGCUGGGGAGUUGAUACCCCGGCUUCGAGACAGUCUGGAUGAGAUUUGGAAAGUCCCCGCGGAUUGGCGCCAGGGUGUGUUGGAUGCUUAUAUGGAGUCUCUGCGUGCGAUCUUCAUUACUCUUCUUGGGGUUACGGUGUUGGCUGCUCUUUCGACAACUUGGCUCGUCGAUGAGCGUCUGAAGAUGAAGGAUACAAUGUCUUUGACCAAUAAUUCUGGAUAUUCUGGCAUGGCAAUCAGUCUAAAAGCCGAAGAUGUGGCCGGCCCAAAGGAGUCAAAGGGCCUCGAGACAUCCCAUUUGCAAAUACAUGAAAUUACCGGAGAUAUAAAUCGCAAAGAUGGCUCAAGCACAAUAGAAACGUCAACAAGGAGACCUCUAGAAAGGACGCAACGUCGAAAAAGAGUACUGCUGUCGACUGAAAGCGCUUUUGCCUCCAAUUUCCUUUCCCCCUUAAUACGCAGUCCCGAUAUCGAGCUUCGAUUAAUCACCGACGAGGAAUCUUCCGCAAUAUCGACAGGAGCUACGAAGGUUCCUCAUUACAUGGACUCGGUCGAUAGCCAUACAUUUGACAAUAGGACGGGGUCACGGAGAUGGCUGAGAGCAAAAGCGGCGGAGUUGUGUGAAUGGGCUGAUCUUCUCGUCGUCGCUCCGAUUGAUGCUGGCACAUUGGGUUCGAUGCUGUAUGGUCUUACACAUACACUAACCCUUUCGCUGCUUCGCGGGUGGGAUAUGAAUAAACCCGUGUUUUUAGUUCCCGGUAUGACCAUUUCUGAAUGGACGAAUCCCUUGACUGAGAGGCAAUUGCAAGAGCUUCAUUACAACUGGCCGUGGAUUGUGCGAAUACCUCCUUUAUUAUGGAGUCAUAGUGGACCGGAAGAACUGUCACAGCUACCGUGGGACGGCAGCCGUGUUUUCGAGGACUCACUGAUAAAGACGCUUGAUCUGAGUAAUGUUUUGGCUGGUCGUGAUGCAAGUCAGUUAGAACGAGAGCCCCUGGAGGAAAACCUCGAGACCACGAAACAGAGUUCGAUGGCUAUUGCCAAACUUGCUCAACAAGCCGCCAAGCACCGCGAAGAAUCUCAAAGUGGCCGGCCCAAGUCGUUACCUCUGGAGUUAUGGCUGAACGUCUUCGUGGACCAUCUUGGCGACUGGGAGAUUGCAAAGGCAGUUGGUAUUCCAACAAAUCUACCAGUUCCGAGAGAAUGGCAGCCUCAUAUAUUGAAAAUGUCGACGCCUCCAUCGUUAGAGUACACCAUUCUUCGGGGUUCAUUCACAGCCAUCACAUCGAAAAUCAAAGAACUCACUCCCUAUACACCACUGUCGAAUUUAGCAUGCCAUUUGAUAUUCAAAUUCUCGAGAACCGAUAUCUUGACGUAUCUACUGGAGCAGCAUCCCAGUUUAUAUAAUACAACCACGCGGUUUAACAACUUACCAUACCUUGCAUCUGCUAUAUACGGCAACCCAACUAUUCUGACAUGGUGGCGUGACUCCCCCGUUUCAUCAACACAGGAACACGGCCCAGAUGCCAUGGAUGGUGCUUCCCGAUCAGGACAUAUAAACGUACUAGACUGGUGGCUUUCCUCCGGUCUCCCACUACGCUAUUCCGAACGUGCUCUAGAAUCAGCCAGUGCCGAGGGUCGCAUCAAUGUCCUCGAAUGGUGGAAAAAUGCAUCUCUCACAGCACCGUCAUCACGACCCGUGCCCCUGAAAGUCGGUAAAUCAGUUCUCCUAGCUGCUCAGUCCGGCAAAACACAAUCCCUCGCCUGGUGGGACGCAUCGGGUAUUCCGUACACUCACUCCGAAUCCGUAGCACGCAUCGCCAGUACACACGGCCACAUCCACGUCCUCGAACUCUGGUAUCGACUCAAAGGCGCAAAAAUGAUCUUUGAUAAUCAGGUUCUUGUCGGAGCUACCCGUAGCGGGCACGACAAUGUCCUCGAAUGGUGGCGAAAGAGUGGAUUGCGGGUCGAAUUCAAAACUUGUGAUAUCGAAGAGGCGCUGGAAGAUGCUGAUCCAACCACUGAGGCGGCGCAGCGGGUGCGACAGUGGUGGGCACGGAACGGGUUGAAUCUUGGUGUUGGCACGAGCGAGUGGAUGAAGGUUAAAGUGUUGACAUAA